AUGACCGCUGGCAACAAGAUCGUUCGCGUGGGCAUAAUCGGCUGCGGCGAAAUAACCCAAGUAGCCCACAUCCCAACCCUAAACUUCCUUUCGGACUACUUCCAAACAACCUACCUCUGCGACGUCUCCCCCAAUGCCCUCACCCACUGCAGCAAAAAGGUCACCGGGAGCAUCCCUAGAACAACCCCCGAUGCAGAAACCCUCUGCUCCUCCCCAGAAGUCGACGUAGUCCUAAUCGCCAACAGCGACGCCUUCCACGUCCCACACGCCCUACUAGCCCUAACCCACAACAAAGUCGUCUUCAUCGAGAAGCCCAUGGCACUCUCUUUACAGGAUGCAGACCGCAUCAUCGAAGCUGAGAAGAACUCCGCCGGCAAAGUCAUGGUUGGGUACAUGCGGCGGUAUGCGAGCGGCUUCCUGGAUGCGGUGAAGGAGAUCGGGGAUAUGGACCAGGUGCGCUAUGCGCGUGUUAGGGAUAUUGUUGGGCCGAAUGCGGAUUUUGUUAAGCAGUCGGGCACUUUUCCGAAGGUUUUUGGGGAUUAUAAAGAUGCGGAUGUGAAGGGGUUGGAGGAGAGGAUGGAGGGGAUUUUGGAGCAGGCGAUUGGGACGGAAUUGGGGGUUGAGGUUAAUGGUGAUACGGCUGUGCAGUGGAGGCAUCUGGGGAGUUUGGGGAGUCAUGAUCUUAGUGCUAUGAGGGAGGUUUUGGGCAUGCCGGUUUCUGUGCUUGGGGCUUCGUUGUGUAGGGCGGAGGGUCCGCCGUUUUGGAGUGCGCUGUUCCAGUAUCCCUCGUUUGCGGUCUCUUAUGAGUCCGGUAUUGAUGAGGUUCCACGCUUUGAUGCUUCGAUUGAGGUGUUUGGUGGGAAUAAGACUGUCAAGGUUUGCUUUGACUCGCCUUAUGUCAAGGGGUUGCCUACUACGAUGCAUAUCCGUGAGAAAUUGGAGGACGGGUCAUUCCGGGAAUCGGUGGUGAGGAAGACUUAUGAGGAUGCUUAUACCCUGGAGAUGAAGGAACUUUAUGCAUUUGUUGUUGAGGGGAAGCGGGCUAAAACUACUGCGGAGGAUGCUAGGAAAGACGUUGAGAUCUUUGGGAUGAUCAUGAAGGCUGGUCUGGAAGGUCAAGCUGGACUUAACAAGCUGGAGAAUUAG